AUGGCGUUUUCUGACGUCGAUAAACUCGCAAUCAACACGAUUCGUACACUAGCCGUCGAUGCAACUUUCAAUGCCAACUCAGGACACCCUGGGGCACCCAUGGGGAUGGCGCCGGCAGCACACGUUCUUUUCAACAGGUUCCUGUCCUUCAAUCCUCGAAACCCUGACUGGAUCAACCGAGACCGCUUCGUCCUUUCCAAUUUGGUUAGCAACGGCCAUGGAUGUAUGCUUCAGUAUGCGCUCCUUCACCUAUGUGGAUAUGACCUGAGCAUGGAUGAUAUCAAAAGUUUCCGGCAACUGCACAGCAAAACACCAGGCCACCCCGAGUCUCAUGAGACACCCGGAGUCGAGGUUACCACGGGCCCUCUGGGCCAGGGUUUUGCAAAUGCUGUAGGUUUGGCUAUCGCACAGGCCCAUCUUGCCGGAGUCUUCAAUAAACCCGGAUUUGACCUGAUCACCAACCGCACAUUCUGUUUCUUCGGAGACGGCUGUGCCAUGGAAGGAAUCGCCAGCGAAGCAGCCUCACUAGCUGGUCAUCUGAGACUCGGCAACCUGGUGUGCAUUUACGACGACAACAAGAUUUCCAUCGAUGGAGAUAUCAAAUGUACCUUCACUGAAGAUGUCCAGAAGCGAUUCGAAGCUUAUGGAUGGCAUGUCGAAGUCGUGACCGAUGGCAAUAACGAUUUAGACGCAAUCAAGAAGGCCAUUCAACAGUGCAUCGCAGUUACCGAUAAACCAUCUAUGAUCAAGGUGGCGACCACAAUUGGCUUUGGCUCAAAGCUCGAGGGAACCAGUGCUACUCAUGGAAAUCCACUCAAAAAGGAGGACGUUGAAAACGUCAAAAAGCAAUUUGGCUUUGAUCCUUCUCAGAGUUUCGUCGUCCCACAGACUGUGUACGAUCUCUACGCACAGCACGCCAAAGAAGGAAUCGCCAAAGAACAAGAAUGGACCCAAAAGUUGAACCAAUACGCCCAAGAAUAUCCAGCAGAACAUGAUGAGCUUAUUCGACGUGCCGAAGGAAGGCUGCCUGACAGCUUAGAGUCCGAGCUGCCAGUAUACACUUCUUCCGACGCGGCGGUUGCCUCGCGAAAACUGUCAGAAACCGUUCUUGAAAAAAUCAACAAGCCAAUUCCGGAGUUGAUUUCUGGCUCUGCAGACUUGACUAGCUCCAACAACACCCGUUGGAAAGAUGCCGUGGAUUUCCAACCACCCGAAUACGGGAUUGGUGAGUGGUCUGGCAGAUAUAUUCGCUAUGGAGUCCGUGAACAUGCAAUGGCGGCCAUUAUGAAUGGCCUAGCAGCUUAUGGAAUGAUCAUCCCACUCAGUGGAGGGUUCCUCAAUUUUGUCGCGUAUGGCGCCGGUGCUGUCCGACUGGCUGCGUUGAGCAAACUGCGGGUUAUUCAUGUUGCAACUCACGAUUCUAUCGCACUCGGACAGGACGGACCGACGCAUCAGCCGAUAGAGGCCCUUGCUCAUUACCGGGCUAUGCCAAAUUGCAUGGUUUGGCGCCCAGCAGAUGGUAAUGAGACUAGCGCUGCAUACCUGACUGCACUGCAAGCCAAGAAUACACCGAGUAUUCUUGCACUGACGCGCCAGAAUCUGCCUCAGCUUAAAAAUUCUUCAAUUUCGAAGGCUGUGAAAGGUGGAUAUGUGGUAUUGGAUACACCAGAUGCCACCAUCACAUUGAUCUCCACCGGAUCCGAAGUCAGUGUUUGUCUUCAAGCUGCUGUCGAGUUACGAAAGCAGAACUUUGCAGCUCGAGUUGUGUCAGUUCCUUGCUUCGAGGUCUUUGAUCAACAGGAAGAGUCCUACCGCCUCCAAGUAUUGCCUGAUGGAAUACCCAUCUUGUCCGUGGAGGCCGCGACAACAAUGGGCUGGGAGCGCUACUCCCACCAGCAAUUUGGCAUCAAUCGAUUCGGAGCCUCUGCACCCCCUGAUGAUCUUUUCGCGAUGUUUGAGUUGACAAGUGAGGGAGUCGCUAAACGUGCCAUCGCAACGAUAUCCUUUUAUGCUGGGGGCUUGGUGGUCCCUAAGCAGACUGUGCUGUCGCCCAUUCGUCGUGCAUUUUUGCAGAUUCAGUGA